CCCACUUUACGCGCUCCGGGCGCCCUCGCCCACGGGGACCCCCUUCCACCCGGCCACGUGGUCGGCGCAGCCCACCUUUCUCUCUCCCGGGGACCGAACUUCAGUGUCUUUGUCUGUUAAGGGGGGACCGUCAUCUCUACCACAUUUACUCUGAACGUGACAAGGCGACCAAAACAAGAGGAGCUUCAUUCCAACAUCGAUUAUGAAUCGACAUUCUCGUCCUUGGGAUGGGUUGAUAAAAGCCAUCGGUCCUGCUGAUGUUAUCCAGAAACAGUUUUCUGAAGAAACUUUUGAAGAAAGAAUCGACUGCUCUGGGAAAUGCAUCUUGCCGGGUUUGGUGGAUGCGCACACACAUCCAGUAUGGGCUGGUGAAAGAGUUCAUGAGUUUGCAAUGAAGUUGGCAGGAGCCACGUACAUGGACAUCCACCAGGCCGGAGGAGGGAUCAACUUCACCGUGGAGCGCACGCGCCAAGCCUCGGAGGAGGAGCUGUUCAGCUCCUUCCAGCAGCGGCUGCAGUGCAUGGCGAGGGCGGGGGCCACGCUGGUGGAGUGCAAGAGCGGAUACGGCCUCGACCUGGACACCGAGCUCAAGAUGCUCCGCGUGAUCGAGCGCGCCCGGCGCCAGGUGGCCCUGGGCAUCUCGGCCACUUACUGCGGGGCUCACUCAGUGCCAAAGGGAAAAACUGCUAUAGAAGCUGCUGAUGACAUCGUCAACCACCACCUCCCGAAGCUGAAGGAGCUUGGCAGAAACGGGCAGAUUCAUGUCGACAAUAUAGAUGUGUUCUGCGAGAAGGGUGUCUUUGAUCUGGAUUCUACUAGAAGGAUUCUUCAAGGUGGAAAAGACAUAGGGUUGCAGAUUAACUUCCACGGGGAUGAACUCCAUCCGAUGAAGGCCGCAGAGCUCGGGGCUGAACUGGGAGCCCGGGCUAUCAGUCACCUGGAAGAAGUGAGUGAUGAAGGCAUUGCCGCCAUGGCAGCGGCCAGGUGCUCCGCUGUCCUUCUGCCCACCACCGCCUACAUGCUAAGACUGAAGCAGCCUCGAGCCAGGAAGAUGUUAGAUGAAGGAGUAAUAGUUGCUUUGGGCAGCGACUUCAACCCGAAUGCCUAUUGCUUUUCAAUGCCAGUGGUCAUGCACCUGGCCUGUGUCAACAUGAGAAUGUCCAUGCCCGAGGCCUUGGCCGCUGCCACCAUCAAUGCGGCUUAUGCACUGGGGAAAUCUCACACACAUGGAUCUUUGGAAGUUGGCAAACAGGGAGAUCUCAUUAUCAUCAACUCCUCCAGGUGGGAGCAUUUGAUUUACCAGUUUGGAGGCCAUCACGAAUUAAUCGAAUAUGUUAUAACUAAAGGAAAAGUCAUCUAUAAAAAAUGACGGAUCUUAAAGGAAAGAGAAGACUCUUCAAUCAUAUAAAAUACGUCAAUACAGUUAUGUUAAAAGUUAAAAUGCCUUAUUAGUUUACCAAAAUGAUGUCACUUAAACCUAAAUGUAUUUCAAUGUUUUGUUAAUCCACUCAUAAAACCAAGGGAUUAACUUAUUUUAAUUUAAUAUGCACCUGGACAUACAAACAGGUAAAUUAAUUAUGAUGCUAAUCUCAAAACAUUAAAUUAUUCCACAAAGAUUUGUCAUAAAUAUUCUAAAGAUUAAUAUGAUGAAUUAUCACAGGAACGCAUUUGUAGGGAAAAGCAGAUUAACAAUUAGGCAGAUGUGGCUUGAAAUUCCCAUCUUGUUUCUGCUUUUUGAAUUUCAGUUUUACAACAAUAUUUAGUGAAAAUUGGGGGAUGGAGGGAAAUCCAAGUGAGAUGCUCCAGAUUGGGCUAAAAUGUAGCCUUCUAGAACAGCCACAGUUCUUCCUUUCUAGAAUGAAAUGCAUCAGUGUCCCCUGAGGGAGAGUGUCCUUCCAAUUCUAAUGUCUUUUCAACCCUAGCUCUAAAUAGACUUCAGAGCACAGUUCAAGACGAGUCAUUUUACAUGCAGGUACCGGGGCCUUCCUGUAAUGGAUGCAUUUUGACCAAAUGCAAUAGUGUAAUUUUUAAAAAGUCAUUUUUAAGUUUUUGGUUCUUCACAUUACAAAUGUAUAGAAAAUGAGUCAUAACUCCUAAUACAUAUAUGCCAGCACUGCCGUUGUUUCCUUACAGCCCCCGAGGUAGAGCAGCACCUUGUCUAUUAGAGUUUUUUAGGAAAUAAACAGAUUACGGAAUUA